AAUGUAUUUUUCUGUAAUGUUUUGUUAUAAUUGUUAAAUUGUUAUAUGUGGAACGAAACAUAUUUUAAUGUCUGCAGGUAUGAGAGGGCAGGGUGGUUCAGGUGAUCCGACUAGAGGUCGGGGACGUCGGGGUAACCCAGCUAGAGGUCGUGGUCGGGGUAACCCAGCUGUGCGUGCCCCUGUUGAGGAUAUCCCUGUUCAGGAUCAGCAGCAGGAGGUGGAGGCGGCACCCCCCGUUCAGCCCCGACAGCCAGGAGAGCCCCCUGCAGAGCUGGAUGAUCAGGGGAGGGCACUGUGUUUCCCAGACGCCAGCAGGGAGAGGCUGUUGAACUCUGGACCAAUCUCCCGAUCUAUGCGGGAGAUCUUUAGAAAGUGCUGGUUCGAGAAUGGGCGAGCCUGGCGGUUUCUGACUCCAGAGCAGAGAGAUUUCUAUUGGGAGGAAUUUAAGGUAAUAAAUUGUUAAUUUUAAAGUUUGAUUUUAGACUAACGCAAAAUUACUAACUCAAACUU